AUGAACUCAUCAGCCUCAUCAGAUCCGAGGCCGGCAUGGUCUGCAAGGUCCAUAACAGCUGACCAAGCAAUCGACGGCGACAUAGCAAGCGAUGGCAAAGAUCAAGAUGGUGACAGUAUUGCUGGAAGCGCUCAGCCGGUCAAACAUAACGAAGGCUUAGAUGGGGAUGCAAAUACAGAGAAGCCCACAUCCGACAUUCAUGUUGGAAGAUGUGCGCUGAGUGCUGCACAGACGGCUCGGAUCAGUGUGAUGGUUUUCUCCGAGAUACCCCGUAUCAUGCCAAAAUCAAACCGUGGGCUCCCAAAGCAGAAGGCUAUUGAGUCGCCAGAGACAAGUCCACAGUCCAAGCAGAAGGCUAUUGAGUCGCCAGAGACAAGUCCACAGUCCAAGCAUAGGACUAAACGUGUCGCCGAUGUCGUUCAGAAUCCCAGAUCUGAAGACGUACAAGUACAUGUUGCUCUUAAGGAAGAGUCCUCUAAUGAGUCGGAAUCUUCGUGUUCGUCCAGAAAAGGAAAUUCAUGUGCGGCCAGCGGUGCUGAAGAGGAGCUAUCCCACAGGCCUCGUUCCAACGCUGCAAAUCUGGGGCAACCCAAACGUCCUUUUGAGCCAGCACUAUACAACGAUGGCUUUCUGAACUCGCGCGGCGAACGUCUUAUGUCUCAUGAACAGGAUCUGUCGCGGCUGUCAGACUUCCGACAGCAGUUGCAUAAUCAGUCCAAUCAGAGUGGCUUGUACCCUGCUCCUCAUGGAGUUCCAUGUCGGUUCAGUAAUCUUUCUGGAUACUAUACCCCUAGAUCAUCCCAGAAUUUAUCAACUUUACCUUCCAAUACGCCAGCACAUGACCCAUUUGGUCCACAGCACCUGUCCUUUGGAUCUCAUGACCAGCUUCGACCUGGCCUUGAUACAAACAAACAGUCUCAGACUAUGCAACAAAUCCGACAAAUUCGCCAGGUUCAACAGCAAAAUAUGCAGAAUAUGGGUCUGUCUGCUAGGGACCUUCGCUAUCGUUCACGAGCUACUCAGCCACCAGAAGCGCGUGGCGGCUCGUCUCGUCUUCCUGAUUUCCAGAUCUACGACGAUAAUAAUGAGAUGAUAUUAUCGAGCUUUCGUCCCAGUCAUAGUCGCACGUGUGUGCCGGGCUCACGAGUACCAUCUAGGGAUCCCUCCAUCACCCGAAUGCAUGGCGGAGACUCGCGUGCUCCAUGUCGCAAGCCAUCUUCAGACCAACUCAUCCCCAAAGCCCACGCCGAAAGCAAAGAAAAUCUGUUUACGGAUCAGCGUAGUUUCGCUCCAUCAGAUCAUGUUGCCCGACAGAACGCCAGUCGGAGCACUGAUUGCAUCAUGAGGCUGAUUGUUCGCUGUAACAUCUUUGACGAUCAGGGCAACGAAAUCUUGUCCAUUUUGACUAUACGUCGCUCCCAAAAGUUUGGUCCCAGCUUCGACGCCUUUUGCUCCUACCGUGGCAAAGAGUUUGGCGUGGACUGGGCUUUCAUCUUUCGCUAUGCUGCGCCAAUCCCAGAGGACGAACACCGAAUCAAGAACAUCGUCAUCACUUACGACAUGACUCCAAACGAUAUCAAGGACAAUCAGUAUCCCGAAAUGAGCCUAGAAGACACGGAUAGUAUCCUCGUCGUUGCCAAAGUCAACAACAAGACCUCUGAGACCGACGCCGCGACCUAUGGCCAGAUCGACCGUGAAACCAUCAGAUUGAGGAACGGGGAUACGGCAAUCUACCAAGACAAGGGAGUCACUGGAGAAAUGGUCCAAAUGCUUGAGCAGCGAGCAACGAAGAUGCGCGACCUUGCUGGCACUCUUGAUCACCACAUGAGGGCCCAUGAGCAAAAGAUCGCCCAUCAAGUCCACAUCAUCCGCCAACUCGAAGAGCAACUCGCGCAACUGACGCAAGCUCGCCUACAUAGUUCAGAAUAUCCCACAGACGACAUGCAGCUUCCGCGUCAGGGCUAUAGGGCUCCGCCUACCCCACCAUUCCAACCCUUUCUCAACGGGCUUCCCUAUGCAAUUGGCCCCAUGCGCGGUCACGAUCGCCGUGGACCAGCUGUGGCACACUUCCAAUCUCGACUUGGCGAUCAGGUGAAACAUACGACUCGUAAUCUUGCCAGUGCAAUCCAGUUCCCUACUUUUGAUAAUGGACAUGGUGGAACGGGUAUGCCGCUCAUGCAAUUACCAUACUCUACACCGCUUCCGCAACCGAGGCAGUUGGGUCAUGUGAAGAAAGAGCAUGAUCCUAAAGGCAACCUGUCUCCGGCCAUGGGCAAUGCGGGCAUUGAGAAGACCGACGAAAACCAGUAUACAAAGAGGGAGGGUGAAGAGUAG